UCAUACUAGAGAUGGAGGGCAUGAGUAUGCCUUUAGCCACUUGUAAACUACUACUUAGGGCAAACCUAAACCGUAAUAAACAGACAAUAUGGGAAAACACCAUAACACGACCAAUAUGGCCGAAAAUAAGCUCAAAGAGAACGUCAAAACUUUUAAGAUUGACCAGAGCAAACCUCAGCACUGCGAUGAGAGUCCUCACGAGGAUUGGUUGAUAGGCACCCAUGCCAGAAGACUAAAUGCCCCGUAUAAUAAUUUCUGCCGUAGCUGUAGGGACGAAGUAAUGGAAGAAACAGUAGAGCAUCUAGUAUGCCACUGUCCAGCACUGCAAGCGAAAAGACUUGCUCAAUUAGAAAGCAGAUUCCUGAUAGACACGUCCGACCUGUCCGACACCGAUCCACAUCGGAUACAAAAAUUCACCAGCGAGCGCCUGGAUCGUGCGGAGUUCUCGCACCAGUGGCAUUACUGCUCUGUUUGCAAGACCCCAGGAGUCGUGGUCUACGCUUACAAGAGAGUCCUUAAAAGCAUUCGCUUUGGCUGCAGAUAUGCCGUUCCUUAA